UUCAUCAGGUUCAUCAAAAACAUGAAAACUGGAAAUCAAACAAUUGUUUCAAAAUUCCUUCUCCUGGGACUGACAGAGGACCCAGGACUGCAGCCCCUCAUCUUCAGUCUAUUCCUGUCCAUGUACCUGGUCACCAUCCUGGGGAACCUACUCAUCAUCCUGGCGGUCAGCUCUGACUCCCACCUCCACACCCCCAUGUACUUCUUCCUCUGCAGCCUGUCCUUUAAUGACAUCUGUUUAAGCUCAAGUAUAAUCCCUAAGAUGCUGGUGAACAUCCUAGCUCAGGAUCAGAGCAUCACCUAUGCAGGCUGCCUCUUCCAGGUCUGCUUUGUCUUAGUUUUCAUGGCCAUGGAAAGUUGUCUGCUUGCAGUGAUGUCCUAUGACCGCUAUGUGGCCAUUUGUCAUCCACGUAGGUACACAGUCAUCAUGAACCCCAGUCUGUGUGUCCUUCUGGUUCUGGUCUCCCUAUCCAUCAGUAUUGUAGAUGGCCUCCUCCACACUCUGAUGGUGCUGUGGUUGUCCUUCUGCACAGACCUGGAGAUUCCCCACUUCUUCUGUGAACUUGAUCAGGUCAUCAAGCUGGCCUGUUCUGAUACUCUCAUUGAUAACAUCCUUAUAUAUAUUGCAGCUUGCAUAUUUGGUGGUGCUCCUCUUUCUGGGAUCAUUUUCUCUUACUGUCACAUUGUGUCCUCUGUCUUGAGAAUGCCAUCACCAGGAGGAAAGCAUAAAGUCUUUUCCACCUGUGGGUCUCACCUGUCUGUCGUCUCCUUGUUCUAUGGCACAGGAUUUGGGGUGUACAUUAGCUCUGUAUUUACUGACUCUCCCAGGAAGACUGCAGUGGCCUCAGUGAUGUACACCAUGGUCCCUCAAAUGCUGAACCCCUUUAUCUACAGUCUGAGGAACAGGGACAUGAAGGAGGUCCUGAGGAAGCUCAUCAGUGGAACAACCUCUCCUCUAUGA